AUGCCGCCCUCUGACCCGCCCAGCUUGGUCUCUGGGAGAUGUUUGGAUAGGUUUGGAUGGGCCUCGCCCUCAACUUCCAGCUCCUGUGACUCGCCCUUGCAUCGGCAGCGCUCAGCCUCCAUCGAACUAAGACUCCCUCCCGUGCUCGCCGCCAGGAAGCUGGUUCAGUGGUUAGACCACGGUUCAACCCCGGGGAUGCCCUCGGGGGCCCAGCACCAAUGCCCGGCCCCGGACUCGCUGCGAAAUCUGUCGUGUGUAUGGGGUCAGCCUGGCUCAGCCUUUGAACCACCGCACUUACCCAAAACGAUGGCCUUUUGGAAACCAGGAACUAUCGCACCAGGUAGUUCUCUAGAUCGAGCAGCCGAUCGAGCUCCAGCCCUUGUUCUCACUGCCGCACCUGGUCUGAAGCUUCCGAUCCUUGCUCACCGACGUGCUUUACUGUAUGCGAUCGAGAAAUUCGGAUUCACUAUUCUGAUCGGCCAAACCGGUUCGGGAAAAUCUACCCAAUUACCUCAAUUUCUUCAUGAAGCUGGCUGGACUGCUGACGGUCGCCAGGUGGCGAUAUGCGAGCCUCGGAGGAUUGCUGCAACUAGCUUAGCUAGUCGGGUCGCCACUGAAGCUGGCUGGGUACUUGGCGAAGAAGUUGGUUAUGCCAUACGAUUCGAAGAACUCACCAGUAAACGGACAAGAAUCAAAUAUCUCACUGACGGUAUGCUGUUCAGAGAGCUAUUGCUAGACCCCUUAUUGAGUCGUUACAGCGUGGUGGUGGUCGAUGAAGCACAUGAGCGAUCUUGUUAUACUGAUUUAUUGUUAGGUGUAUUAAAGAAAAUACAAGCGAUAAGGAAGGAUCUGCGAGUGGUAGUCUGCUCCGCUACCCUCGACGCCGAACAUCUGCGCGACUACUUCAAUGAUCAAUCUGCUCUACAAGCAGGGAAAGAUAAUGCAACAAUUAUUAGUAUCGAGGGCAGGAUGUACCCAGUAGAAAUUGCUUAUCUCGAGCAACCAACGGAAAACUACAUCACUACAGCUGUGGCCACAGUCAUGGAAAUACACUUGGGUCAACCGCGUGGUGAUAUCCUCGUAUUUAUGACGGGUAGGGAGGAAAUUGAUGAAAUAUGUUCUCAACUUCUCGAACGAUCUCAAGAGCUACGGCCAGGUUCGCUGGAGAUGUCGAUAAUUCCUUUUCAUGCCGCUUUGCCACCUGAAGAACAACUCUGGGCCUUUCAACCUGCUCGCAAUCGGGACGCCCGAAAAGUCAUCGUAGCGACCAAUGUGGCCGAAGCUAGUGUCACCAUCGAAGGGAUUAAGUAUGUGGUCGAUUCUGGCCUCGUCAAAUUGCGGAAAUUCGAUGUCAAUCAAGGGAUUGAUGUGCUCACGGUCUGCCCAGUCUCUAAGGCAUCAGCCAUUCAACGGACUGGUCGAGCAGGGCGUACUUCACCGGGCAAAUGUUUCAGACUUUAUACCGAAGAGGACUACAACUCUCUCGCUCAACAGACGGAACCUGAAAUCUGCCGGACAGAACUUACCACCGUAAUAUUGCAACUCAAGGCACUGGGGAUCGAUAAUGUGGUCAAAGGCUUUGAAUUCGUCGACCCACCAUCUAGUCUACUGGUAGAAAGAGCGUUGGAGUUUUUGUUUGCCUUGGGAGCCCUGGACGACUCGGGCCGUUUGACCAUUGAGCUGGGUCUUCAGAUGGCUGAAAUGCCGGUGGAGCCUAUGAUGGCGAAGACUCUCUUAGAAGCAGAGAAAUUUGGCUGUUCUGAAGAGAUCGUAACCAUCGCGGCAAUGACAUCUGUCCAGAAUGUUUUUGUUGGAGAAAGCUCGGAAGAAGUCAACAAAAUUUUGCAUCACCCGUUCAUAGCGACUGAAGGUGACCAUUUCACCUAUCUAAACGUUUUCAACAGCUUUAUCAAGGAAGGAAGAUCAAGUGCGAAGUGGUGUGCCAAGCACCGCUUGAACUUCAAAGCUCUCAGUCGGGCGAUCAAUAUUCGAGGACAAUUGGUGAAGUAUCUUAAGAAGUUCGGCAUCGGCAUGGUGAGCUGCGGUGCUGAUGAGCAAAAAGUUAGAAAGUGUCUCGUUAGCGGCUACUUCAAAAACGUGGCUUUGAUGAAAGAUGACGGUAGUUACCGGAGUUGUCGAGAUGGCAAUAUUAUGUUUGUCCACCCCUCGUCGGUUAUGUUCAAUCGCAAACCCGAGACUGGGUUUGUAGUCUAUCAUGAAAUCACCGAGACGAAGAAAAAGUUCAUGAGGGACUUGACAGUGAUUGAAAGUGACUGGCUGACGGAAUUGGCCGGACACUAUUAUCAAGUCAAGCAAAAAGGUAUUGCAUGA